CUGGGUUGUGUGAGAGAGUGAAAGAGGAGAGUGAGUGCUGGGAGAUUGCUCGGGUUUUACAGGAGCAUCUUGUACUCUUUUUCUUCUGCUUGUUUCGCAAUACUGUAAGUGUGUUCUUGAUUUGUUUCUUUGUAUCAUUGCAAUCUCUUGGUUCUUCGAGAUUAAGUGGAUUGACCAGGGCCGAAACCCCUGCCGUGAGUAGGAUCCAUUUACGGAUCCGAACACCUGGGUGAUAGAAUUGCAUUUUGAUCGAUUGAGAAGCCAAAAGCUCAACAAGAAUGGGAAUAAUAACGGGUACUCUUCUUGUCUCGAUGGCCACUUAUAAAGUUGUUAAAAUGGUCAAAAAAAGGAAGGCUAGAAAGAAAGCGAAAGAUGCUAAAGUUAAGAUGGAUGUGCAAUUGGACUUGGAUAAACCUGACGAAAAAAACAGCCCAGACCCAGAACCUGUGAUGGAAUAUGAGUCAGACCCAGAACCUGUGAUGGAAUAUGAGUCACUUGAGAAGAAGGCUAAAGAACUGAAGCAAGAAGGGAAGGGGAUUCGGAGGAGAGAGGAUGAAGCAAUCGACUCUUAUGGAAGGCAUGUUCAAACACUCAUGCCACUGCAUGGCGUUGCCUCUAUCUAUCUCUAACUAAGUUACCCCCAUGAUAGCCUGUGGGUCUCGGUUAUGAUGACAAUUCUCUUCUUCUUUGCCUUCGGGGUUGCCUUUAGGACGGCAUUGACAAAGCUCGAGAAAAUAUCUCAGUCGACUGGGGACCUCAGGAGAAGGCAGAAAGAUUUGCAGGAGCAAGUCAAAGAAUUUAAAGAAUUAUUUAGAGAGCUUUCGCGUCAGAUGCGUAGGCAAAUUGCGGGGCUGGAGGAAGCCAUAGCUGAGGCCAUGGAGCUAUCUAAAUCAAAAGAUAAGCAGGCCAACGAAUCAUCGGUGCUUCUCCCUCUCGCAGCUUGUGCAGUUGCAUAUGGGCUCUGUUUUCCUCUGGUCGCUAGCCUCUACACAUCCCACAUCCAUAAAUAAAUUUCUAAUAUUCGCUUGUCUGUCUUAAUUUUCUCAUGUCCAUGAGUUAAUGAAUUGUCACAGCUGCUGCUUUCAACCAUUCUGCAAGUGCAAACCUGUCUAUUAAUGCUAAUCCACCACAGCGGAAAGGACUGGGAUUUUAAGGCGCUGCCCUGAGAGGAGGUGAACUAUGAACUAUGAAGCAAUCAAGCAAUCAAGUCAAGUCCCUGGACACAGUUUUCAGUCUUCCCUGUUUGUUUGUUUUUGUAUUGAGUCUGCUUUUACAGAAUCUGUUGGAUAUUUUUCAUUAAAAACAAGGAAUGUAACACGUGCUAUGCACGUGCAAGUUAAGAAAUACAAUUGAUAGUUAAAAUUUAUAAUUUGU